AUGUCAUUCAUGGCCUACGACCACAACGUCGCCAUCUGCCAGCCGCUGCACUACACGAUCAUCAUGAGUCGCUGCCUCUGCCAGCAGAUGGCAGCCACUGUAUGGUUGUGCAGCUUUGGCAACUCCAUCCUGCAGACCAUUCUGAUUGUGCAGCAGCCCCAAUGCGACCAGAACUUGGUCAACCACUUCUUCUAUGAGGUGCUGGCCCUGCUCAAGCUGGCCUGUGUCAAUAUCUCUGCCAAUGAGGCCCAGACAUUUGCUGUCAGUGGUCUUUUUCUCAUGGUGCUGCUGGACCUCAUCCUGCUCUCCUACAGCUACAUUGUCACCACAGUGCUGAGGAUUCUCUCAGCCCAGGGCAAGCUCAAGGCCUUCAACACCUGCGUCUCCCACCUGGCCGUGGUGUCACUCUUCUAUGGCACAGCCAUUUCCAUGUAUGCAGAGCCUCCAUCCAGCUACUGGCAGGACCAGGGCAAGAUGGUCUCCAUCUUCUAUGGCAUCAUCGCCCCCAUGCUCAACUCCCCGAUCUACACGCUGAGGAGCAAGGAGGUACAGGGGCCCCUAAGGAGGGUGCUGGGGAGGCUAUUCUGGAGAAAAAGGACAUGA